CAUCGACACCGGGCGCGCGCUCCGCGCACGGCUCGCCGCUCCAGUUACCUGGGCAACCGCGGCGCUUCCUCCGUGCGGGCCUCGACAGUCUCUCCGCGCCAUUUUCAAACUGCUCUAACGCCGGAGCCGGUGGCCCGAGCGGAAGGAGCCAGCGAGGGAGGCGAGUGCAGAGGGCGAUGCGGCCGCAGGCGGAGGAUGCGGCGCCCGGAGCUGCGGGAUCUUUAUUGUUUUAGUUUUGAUAUUUAGGUUUAUGAAGAGAUUCACAGUUUAAUGCAGCUACAUGGAUGGAGAUCAUGUGUUGAAUUUAAGUCAAUCUGAAUGUUUCAGAAGACCACCUAUCUGAAGAGAAACAAAAAAACUUUAACUUCUAGAAGUGAAUAAAACUGGUUUUGGAAGACAAGAUGACUACAGCUGCAGAAAGAAAGUAUAUUAAUAUUAGAAAAAGAUUGGAUCAGUUGGGAUACCGCCAGACUUUGACAGUGGAAUGUUUGCCUUUGGUGGAAAAACUUUUCAGUGACUUAGUUCAUACAACAGAGAGCCUUCGACAAUCAAAAUUAUCUACUGUGAAAGCUGAAAAGGAAAGUGCCAAUUUUGAUUUUGUUUUGGAACCCUAUAAACUUGAAAAUGCAAGAUUGAGUAGGGAAAACAAUGAAUUAUACCUGGAAUUAAUGAAACAGAAAGAGUACUCAGACCAACACAUUAAAGAGUUGAAAACGGCUUUAAAAAAGUGUGCACGUGAAACCGCUGAUCUGAAAUUUCUAAAUAACCAAUAUGUUCAUAAACUCAGACUUUUGGAGAAAGAAAGCAAAGCUAAGAAUGAAAAAAUUCAACAACUCCAAGAAAAGAAUUUGCAUGCUGUGGUACAAACUCCAGGUGGCAAGAAAAGAAGCAUUGCUUUCAGGCGCCAGCGUAUGCAAAUAGACGAACCAGUCCCUCCCUCUGAAGUUAGUUGUUAUCCAGUUCCACAGCCAGAUGACCCUUACAUUGCAGACCUCCUGCAAGUGGCUGAUAAUAGGAUUCAAGAGCUUCAGCAGGAAGUCCACCAACUACAAGAAAAGUUAGCAAUGAUGGAAAGUGGCAUAAAAGAUUACAGCAAGCAGAUUGAGCUAAGAGAACGAGAAAUAGAAAGACUGUCAGGUGCUUUGGAUGGUGGUCGCUCCCCUGAUAUCCUGUCUCUGGAGAAUAGAAAUAAAACCAAUGAAAAGCUUAUUACUCAUUUAAAUAUUCAGGUUGACUUUCUUCAGCAAGCUAAUAAAGAACUGGAGAAACAUAUUCAAGAACUUAUGGAAACCAAGGAAACAGUGACAACUGAAGUUGUUAAUUUAAGUAACAAAAAUGAAAAACUCUGCCAAGAAUUAACUGAAAUAGACCAGUUAGCACAGCAGUUGGAAAGACAUAAAGAAGAAGUACUUGAGACUGCUGAUAAAGAACUUGGAGAAGCAAAGAAAGAGAUUAAAAGAAACCUCUCUGAAAUGCGUAAUCUUGAAGAAACAAUGGCAAAACUUCAACUGGAAUUAAGUUUAUGCCAUAAAGAAAAGGAGAGACUGAAUGAUGAACUCCUUCUGAAAUCAGACCUAGAAACUGUUGUACAUCAGCUUGAACAAGAAAAGCAAAGACUUAGCAAAAAGUUGGAAGGUUUUGCAGCUAUAGAAAAAGAACUUACUUUGGAAGUUGAAAGGAUGAGGCUAGAACAUGGAAUAAAACGUCGAGACAGGUCACCUUCUCGUUUAGAUACAUUUCUGAAAGGUAUAGAAGAAGAACGAGACUAUUAUAAGAAAGAACUAGAAAAACUCCAACAUGUAAUACAGCGAAGAUCUUGCUCUACAAAUUAUUGCUCACGUGAAAAAAUUUCAAUAUUUAAAACACUAGAAAAGGGUGAUAAUUCAGAAAUUCAUCUGAUUACAAGAGAAAGAGAUGAACUUCAGCGUAUGCUAGAAAGAUUUGAAAAAUAUAUGGAAGAUAUACAAUCCAAUGUUAAAUUAUUGACAGCAGAAAGAGAUAAACUAAGUGUCUUAUAUAAUAAAGCUCAGGAAGAAUUAUCUGCACUAAAACAGGAAUCCACUCAAAGCACAGUGCCAAAUAAUCUCCUUAGUCUUAUGGAAAAGGAAAAAGAACUUGCAUUCUCUGACUUAAGAAGAAUUAUGGAAGAAAAGGAAGCUUUAAGAGAAAAGUUGAAAAAUGUCCAGGAAAUGAGUGUUUUUGGAAAAACAGAAUUAGAGAAAACUAUUGAACAUUUGACAUGUAUUAAUCAUCAGCUUGAAAGUGAAAAAUAUGAAUUACAAUCGAAAAUGUUACUAAUGAAAGAAACAAUAGAGUCAUUAGAGAACAAAUCAAAAUUUCAAGCUCAACAAAUUAGCCAAAUUAGCCAUGUGACUGGUGACUCAGCUCAUCAGAAAACAGAGAUGAACUCCCUUAGGAUAGUAAAUGAGCAGCUACAGCGGUCACUUGAUGACUAUCAGCACCGACUUUCCCUAAAAAGAGGUGAACUUGAAUCAGCCCAAGAACAAAUUAAAAUACUGGAGGGAAAAAUAAAUGAACUAAACCUUAAGAUGACUUCACAGGAUGAGGAGGCUCAUGUAAUGAAAAAGACCAUUGGUGUUAUUGAUAAAGAAAAGGACAUUCUUCAGGAGACUGUAGAUGAGAAGACAGAAAAGAUUGCAGACUUGCAAGAAAACCUAGACAAUAAAGAGAAAGCUAUUGCUCAGAUGAAGAUAACUAUCUCAGAGUGCGAAUUAUCCAUGAACCAGCUAAAGGAAGCAUUGACUAAUCGAGACCGGGAGAUAAACAGCCUCCGGCGCCAGCUUGAUGCAGUUCACAAAGAACUUGAUGAAGUAGGAAGAGCUAGAGAAAUAGCUUUUAAGGAAAACAGAAGAUUACAAGAUGAUUUGAGUACAAUGGCAAGAGAAAACCAAGCAAUCUCAUUGGAAUUGGAAGCAGCAAUACAAGAAAAAGAAGAAAUGAAGAGUAGAGUGCAUAAUUAUAUAACUGAGGUGUCACGAUGUGAGAGCUUAAUGGCUGCUAAGGAACAAGAAAAUCAAGAUUUGUUAGACAGAUUUCAGUUGCUUCAUAACCGUGCUGAAGACUGGGAAGUCAAAGCCCAUCAAGCGGAAGGAGAGAGCAGCUCAGUUCGACUGGAACUUCUCUCAAUUGACACAGAAAGAAGACACCUUCGAGAAAGAGUUGAGCUACUAGAAAAAGAAAUUCAGGAGCACGUAAAUGCACAUCAUGCUUAUGAAUCUCAGAUCUCAUCAAUGGCAAAAGCCAUGGCUAGAUUAGAAGACGAGCUGAGACAUCAAGAAAAUGAUAAAGCAGCAGUAUUAAAUGAUUUGUCUUCUGUUAGGGAACUUUGCAUUAAGCUUGAUUCAGGCAAAGAUGUUAUGACCCAGCAAUUGAAUUCUAAAAGCCUUGAGUUGGAAAGGGCUGUGGUAGAAUUAGAAAAUGUAAAGUCAGAAUCAGAACUGUUAAAAAAACAACUGUCAAGUGAGAGACACACGAUUAAAAAUCUUGAAUCAUUGUUGGCUACAAAUAGAGAUAAAGAAUUUCAUACUCAUUUAACCUCCCACGAGAAGGAUACAGAAAUUCAGCUACUUAAGGAGAAGUUAACCCUUUCAGAAAGCAAAGUAACUAGUCAAAGCCGGGAAAAUACCAUGCUUCGAGCUAAAGUGACACAAUUACAAACAGAUUAUGAUACUCUGAAAAGGCAGAUUUCAACUGAAAGAUAUGAACGAGAACGAGCAAUCCAAGAGAUGCGUCGACUUGGUCUUCCUACGCCACCCCUUAGUUCUACUCUGAAGUCUCCUUUACAGUCUCCUGAACAUAUAAAUGUAUAGUUAUUAGAAAGAAUAAUGGUUUUCCAUGAGUUUCUUUAUGGAUAUUUAAAAGAACACAAGAGUAAUGAAAUAUUUGAAGUACUUGUUCCUGAAAAUCAUGAACAUUGACACAAAUUCUACCUCUGGCAACUUUUAUUUAAAUCACUGAAUAUUUAUGUAAAAAGUUUGGUUGAAAAGAACUCUAUGUAUAUUUUCAUAUAUAUGACAGAACAAAAUAUGUAUUAAUAGUGCUUAACUGAUGUGAUAUGUAUAUUUUUAUUAUUCCUGACUUAAAUUACUCCUUAAAAUGUAUUUGUACUGUGAAUUAAUAUAAUGUAUUGUUCGCAUUAUGCUUUAAUAAUCUGUUUCUUAAUGAGCCAUGAUAUGUGUGUAAAUAUUUUACAGUACUUGUUUUUAAAGUGUUUUUAGUUUUCAUGCCUGUGUUUAUAACCAGUAUCUUAAUCUACUCACAAAGAAUUCUCAUUUUGAUGCUGUGCUGUCAUGCUUUUUCCUUCUGAAUGUAAAAUUAAUUAUUCAUAGAUUUGCUGUCUGUCAUCAAGGGGAAUGUAUUCAAGUCUAGUCUUAAUAUCAGAGGUCUUGAUAAAAUAAUUACCAUGUGUCAUUAAUUAUUGCCAACCAGAAGAACUGUGAUGGGAAAGAUACAUUUGUAUAUUGUGUAUAAUAUUAUAUUAUUUUGACAUGUGGACUCUUCACAUAAUAUAGAUUCUAUCAAAAUCAAGCUUAAAGCUAUAUUCAGAAUUUUAUAAAACAAUAGAGCAGAAAUUUGGAAUGCUUUUUCAGUAUAUAAAAUUCGUUCAUGUAUUAGCCUAAAAUUUGAGAAUAUGAAAGUAUAUAAAAGUAAAUACAUCAAAUAUUUUGUUAAAUUUCCAACAUAUACUCAAUGAGAUUAAUUUUUGGUUCUAAUCCUGUAUGUUGUAACUUACCAGUCUUCCAGAAUAGUAUGUAAACACUGACCCUGAGGCAUAGAAAUUGAAAAUAGCUUUUUACAUUUCAUUUUCAAGGUUGUAAUUUUAAGGAAUUUAGAUGUAUGCAUAUGUUAAUAAAAAAACAAAUACAAAAUAGCAUGUCAGAUACAAAAAUGAAUCGUGUUUAAACUGUACACAUCUGAAGAAAAUCCUGUUCUAGCAAAUUUCAUUAUGAUUGAAAAAGAACUUAAAAACUAACAAAAGGAAAGCGAAAGAGCAUUUACUUAUGAUGUAUUUUGUUUCCUUGCUGGUUUAAUGAAGUGAAGUUCACAUGUGUCCCUGGAGGUGGGCAGUGCUCUUUGUAACCUGUGUGCUGUGUGUGUUCAGGGCGUGCCCUUGGCAGUACUUCAGCGUGUGCCUGGUGUGGGGUGGCCUACUUUCACACCAUCUCUGUAAUUUUAUGUAUCUUAUCUCCUUUGAGUGCAUCCAUGUAUUAUAGCAAAAAGGGAAGUGGGACUAUUUGCAAUGUCAUAUGGAAGAUCUUUUAAUAAAUACAUAUAAAUAAAAUGAAAAACAUUGUCCCCACCUUUUCCCCCCAAAGCAAUAGCAAGACAUUAGAUACUUCAUUUUCAGUGUUUUCUAUAAUUUUAAUUGUAUAGCUUACUAUAAUUGUUUUCAUAACCAUGAUCUUACAAUUUAUCUUAGAAAUUAGUUUUAUCUUUAAAUACUGAAUGUUCUGACAUUUUACAGAUACUUUAAUUUUGUUUUAAAUAAUUUUAAAUUAUGGAGCUUGACAUAGAUUUGCCAAUAAACAUUCCAAUUUAUUUUUCUCUUAUAAGUAUUUGAAAUACUUUUAUAUUAGCAAUAUUCUUAAAUCUAAAAUUAAAUAAAAUUUAUUUAAAUCAAACUUUAUCAUAUUAGAAUAUCCCUGAACUAAGUGCCAAGUACCUUUUUUUCCUUUAACUGACUUUCAUUUAUUAUCCAGUUGAUUCAAAAAUAGAAGAAAUGAAGUCAAAGUUUCUGUUGAUAAUCUGUCAACAAAAUGCAUAAACGUGCACGUAUUGUGAGUAGAUACAUUUUUUCUCACUUGCAAAUGUUUUUGUUAAGAACAUUAGUUACCAUUAGACUAUGGUGCCUGCCCUCUACCUUACAGCAAUUCAUCAGACAUGUUAUUUUAUACUCCUCCCAAUUCUUAGUAUUUGAUAGUUUGUCUACCAUUAGUUUUAUCAUUGGUCUUUUUAUGUUAGUAUUGUCUUGGACCAAUGGUUAUUGACUAUACCCGUACAUUGUAGUUACCUAGAGAAUUUUAAUGAAAAGUGUCUGAAC